AUGCUGGCACUACCACAUUUAAAACCAAGUGAUUCAAUUAAUAUAAAACGUACAAAAUCACGAAAUGGAUGUUUAACUUGUAAGAAAAAACGAUUAAAAUGUGAUGAAACAAAACCUUCAUGUCUAAAUUGUAUGAGGAAAAAUAUAGAGUGUGGAGGGUAUUCAAUAAACUUUAAAUGGAAAUCAUUUAAUAAUGAAUCACCAAAGAUUGAUAAUAAGAAAUUAGAUAAAUAUUUAGAAUUGGCUAGUUUUCAAGUAACUGGGAAAAGUAUAAGUCAAAUUUCAAAAGAAAAUGAUUUGAUAAAACAGGGCUUCAAUCCGGAAAGUAGAGCAAAUAGUUUCAAUGGAGAAGAUAAUAAUGAUAAACAACCAUUAGUUGUUAGAUCUUAUAAUGAGACUAUAACUACCAAAAAUCAUGAUUUGAAUUCAUUAGCUGAAGCAGCUGUAAAAGUAAGUGAAUCUCCAGUACCAGUAUCAGUACCAGUACCAGUACCAGUACCAGUACCAUCACCAGUACCAUCACCAUCGAUAUCUCAAUCAAUUCCAUCGCCUUCGCCAUUUUAUGAGGAGAAGACUAAACUGGUUAAACAUAAUUCUGAUUUUGAUAUAAAUUUAACUCCUUCCUUAUCUGCCAUUUUAAAUUUUGCAUUUAAUCAUGAAGUAAUUGGAGAAAUUCCAUCUGUUGAAACAAUGAUGAGUCCAUUAACUAUGUUAAAUCAACCACAAAUAAUACAACAACUGCCACAAGAAUCUAAUGAAUUAAGCAUACCUACAAAUUCUAAAUUAUCAGAACAUGAACAGAUUUUAAAAUUGUAUUCAGAGUUUACAUCAUCUAUCAUGUCGAUCAAAAAUGGUCCAUAUGAAAAUCCAUGGAGAAAUAUGAUUUUACCUAUUGCAGGUAACUAUUCUUGUUUAUUUGAUUCAAUUGCAUCAAUGACAUUAUUUCACAUGGCUGGAAGUAAUGGAAUCUUAUCAUCUACAACUCAAGAAUUAAGAUCAAAAGGUUAUAAUUAUAUGAAAAAAUGUAUAUUGGAAUUAGCUACCGGUUUAUCCAAAAUGGAAAAUAAUAAUGACUAUAGCUUACCUGCCGAUAUAGCACUCGCUACUUGUUUAAAUUUAGCCAAUUGUGAAAGUUGGGAUACUCAUACAUUAUCAGGAAUUGCACAUUUAAAAGGGGCAAAAAGUAUGAUUAAUAAAAUACUUAAGAUAUUGAGAGAUCAACAAGAUAUAAUAAGACAAAAUAGAUGUGAAAAUGAAAAUAAUCCAGUUACUUUGAAUAUAAUCAAACAGGAUUUUCAAUCUAAAUUAGUAUUAGUUUCUAAUUUCGAGUAUCAAGAAAUACAUAAAUCUAGUAUAAAAUCACAUCAAUUAUUUAUUCCCGAAUCAAUACAAUUUCUAUUUAAUCAAUGGAUUUAUUUUGAAGUAUUGGCUCAAAUGACAACAAGUGAUAAUUUUGAUGAUAAGGGGAUUGAUUUGGUAGCGACGAUCACAACAAUGUUGCAAAAUAAAGCAAACGAAGAAACUACUACAACAACCUCUUCAAGUGAUAUUAGUGAUUUAUCAAUUGAUUCAAAAUUUAUGUCAAAUGAUUUUGAUCCAUUAUUAGGUUGUGGACAAUCCUUAUUUUCAAUAUUAGGUAAAGUUGCAAAUUUAGUACGUAAGAUAAGGAAAACUAAACAUGAAUCACAAUCAAAAAAAAGAACACCAUUAAAUAUAAUCACAUUAGCAUGUGAAUUAAAACAACAAUUGACUGUUUGGAAACCAUCAGUUAGUAAUGAAAGCAUAGAAGAUGAACAAUCACCAAAAGAAUCAUCAUGGGAUUUAUCAUCAUGUAUAUCAACUGCUGAAGCUUAUAAAUUUGCUGCAUUAUUAUAUUUACAUCAAGCAGUUCCUGAAAUACCAUCAUUAUCAUCACAUACCCUUGCAGAAAAGAUAUUUAUCCUACUUGCGUCAAUACCAAAAUGUUCAAAUUUAAGUAUAGUUCAUAUCUUUCCAUUAUUAGUAAGUUCCUGUGAAGCUGAAGGUGGAGAAGAAAGAGAAUGGUGUGAAUCAAGAUGGCAAGCAUUAAGUGAAAAAAUGUGGUUAGGUAAUAUUGAUAGAGCAUUUGAAGUAGUAAAAGAAGUCUGGAAAAGAAAAGAUAAAAUGAAUAUAAUUGAAUCUACUACUACUGAUGAUAAUAGAAUAGAUUCAAGUACUCAUUGGAGUUCAAUAAUGAAAGAAUGGGGAUGGGAAGUAUUACUUGGUUGA